GAAGACGGCUAGCUACUGUAAACAAAAGCUGAGCCACUCGGCUGUCGAACAAACUCCCCAAACUGCGUCUCGUGGACAGAAGAUAUGACUUCAGAGACCUCCACGCGACAGUAAAACUCGACCGGUACCGGUACCGGCAGCGGCGGCAGGUGAGUCCGGGACCCGGAGCUGCCAUGACCCGGCCGGCAGUCUGACUGGAAGAUAAUGGCUGCAGAGCUGUUUCCCACCAAGAAGCUGGUCACCUCCGCCUCAGCGAGCAGCAGCACCUCCUCUUCCUCCUCCUCCUCCUCCUCCAUCAUCCAGCAGAACCUCACGAACAACAACACGAGCACCGCGGCGCAGGGCGGCAGCAGCUGGCAGGGCCUGUUCCCCACCAUCCGGGAGAGGAAUUCAGUCAUGUUCAACAACGAGACGAUGGCAGACGUUCACUUUGUGGUCGGGCCGCCCGGCGGCACGGAGCGGGUCCCGGGGCACAAGUACGUCCUGGCCGUCGGCAGCUCCGUGUUCCACGCCAUGUUUUAUGGCGAGCUGGCGGAGGAUCAGGAGGAGAUCCGGAUCCCCGACGUGGAGCCGCCCUCGUUCCUGGCCAUGCUGAAGUACAUCUACUGCGACGAGAUCGACCUGUGCGCCGACACCGUGCUCGCCACCCUCUACGCCGCCACAAAGUACAUGGUGCCCCACCUGGCCCGGGCCUGCGUCGGCUUCCUGGAGACCAGCCUGAGCGCCAGGAACGCCUGCGUGCUGCUGUCCCAGAGCUGCCUGUUGGAGGAGCCCGACCUGACGCAGCGCUGCUGGGAGGUGAUCGACGCGCAGGCCGAGCUGGCGCUGCGCUCCGAGGGCUUCUGCGACAUCGACGCGCAGACGCUGGAGAGCAUCCUGCGGCGCGAGACGCUCAACGCCAAGGAGACGGCGGUGUUGGAGGCGGCGCUGAGCUGGGCCGAGGCCGAGUGCCAGCGGCGGGACCUGGCGCCGACCGUGGAGAACCGGCGCCUGGCGCUGGGGAAGGCCGUCUACCUGAUCCGCGUGCCCGCCAUGGCGCUGGAGGACUUCGCCGACGGGGCGGCGCAGUCCGGCGUGCUCACGCUCGCCGAGACCAACGCCAUCUUCCUGUGGCACGCCGCCGCCAACAAGCCCGCGCUGCUGUUCGGCACCGAGCCGCGCCGGGGCCUGGCGCCGCAGCGCUGCCGCCGCUUCCAGUCCUGCGCCUACCGCAGCAACCAGUGGCGGUACCGCGGCCGCUGCGACAGCAUCCAGUUCGCGGCGGACCGGCGCGUCUUCGUCGCCGGCUUCGGCCUCUACGGCUCCAGCUGCGGCUCGGCCGAGUACGGCGCCAAGAUCGAGCUGAAGCGCCAGGGCGUGUCCGUGGCCCAGCGGGUCAUAAAGUACUUCUCGGACGGCUCCAGCAGCACCUUCGCGGUGUCCUUCGACUACCCGGUGCAGAUCGAGCCCGACACCUUCUACACCGCCAGCGCGGUGCUGGACGGCAACGAGCUGAGCUCCGGCCAGGAGGGCAUGACGGAGGUGCAGUGCGGCAAGGUGACCUUCCAGUUCCAGUGCUCCUCGGACAGCACCAACGGCACCGGGGUGCAGGGGGGCCAGAUCCCCGAGCUGGUCUUCUACGCCUGAGCGGGGGGGGCUUUUAUUUUGA